UUAGCCAGCUGAGCAAUGUACACCCACUACACAGCCCUGAGACUGGAAAGUGAUAGAGCAAGAAUGGCAGCUCACAUGACAGUCCCCAGCGACGCCCAGCUGAUUAAGGCGCAGGCUGACCUGCAGCGCCACAGCCUCACCUACCUCACGUCCAUGUCGCUCAGGUGCGCCAUCGAGCUCGGCAUCCCGACGGCGAUCCACCGCCUUGGCGGCACCGCGUCGUUGCCCGACCUGAUGGCCGCGCUGUCCCUUCCGCCACCCAAGGAGCCGUUUCUCAGCCGCGUCUUGCGGCUGCUGGCCAAAUCCGACGCCCUGGCGUGCACCGAGGCCGGGAUCUACAGCCUCACCCCGCUGUCCUACAUCCUAGUGGACGGCGUGCUCAUCGACGGCGAGGCUAGGCAGACCGCCUUCCCGCUGGCCGUGACGUCGCGGUACCACAUGGAGUCAGGUCUAGGACUGGCCGAUUGGUUCAAGAACGAUCGUGCGCUACCAGUGCCGUCUCCAUUUGAGCAUGUGCAUGCGGCGGCGCCCUUCGACGAGAGCAUGACGCUCCUCGAUCAUGAGACCGACAAGCUCUUCUAUGAGGCCUUGGCCGCCCAUGACCAUAUGGGGAUCGGCACGGUUGUGCGGGAAUGCCGUGGGCUGUUCAAUGGUCUGGAGUCACUCACCGACUGCUGUGGUGGUGACGGGACGACGGCCAGGGCCAUCGUCAAGGCCUACCCGCAUAUCAAGUGCAAUGUGUUGGACCUUCCACAGGUGAUCGACAAAGUCCCGAGUGAUGGUGUUGUUAACUAUGUCGCUGGCGACCUCUUCCAUACCGUCCCACCUGCUCAAGCCGUCAUGCUCAAGCUUGUUCUACACUUUUGGAGCGACGAGGAUUGCAUCAAAAUCCUUGCUCAAUGCAAGAAGGCCAUACCUUCCCGAGAAAUGGGGGGAAAAGUGAUCAUCAUAGACAUAGUGCUUGGAUCUUCUCUAGAGACAAUAACUGAAACCGAACUUUUGAUGGACAUGCUGAUGUUCAUAUGUACCAGAGGACGGCAACGGGAUGAAAAGGAGUGGAGCACGAUCUUUACGAAAGCAGGGUUUAGCGACUAUAAGAUUGUCAAGAAACUUGGCCAUCGAGGUGUCAUCGAGGUCUAUCCAUAAGGUUGCUGCAAAUGCUCAUCUGGCGUGUGUUCCUUAUGAAAAGCGGUGUGAAAUAAAAAAUAAAUAAGUACAGUGCCUUACUCGUCAAUGGAAAAUUGAACAAAUUCUGAAGUAGACAAAGGGUUAAGGGGUCGGUCGCUUCAGAACUGUAUGCAUGUAACCACUCGUAUGUAUGUAUGUAUGCAUGCAUGUAUGUACAUAUAUAUGUGCGUACAUACGUAUGUAGGAACUUAUGUAUGUAUGUAUUUAUGUAUGUAUGUAUGUGGCAUGUUUGUAUGUUCCAACAAUUUGAGAUGUUAAGAUUUGUUGUUUUGGUA